CGCCAUGGCUCACUACAAGGGCGCCGCGAGCGAGGCCGGCCGCGCCCUGCAUCUGAUGAAGAAGCGGGAGAAGCAGCGCGAGCAGUUGGAGCGGAUGAAGCAGAGGAUCGCGGAGGAAAACAUCCUGAAGUCCAGCAUCGACAAGAAGUUCUCAGCGCACUGCGAUGCCGUGGAGGCAGAGCUCCAGUCCAGCCCCGUGGGUCUCGUGACGCUCCACGACAUGAAGGCCAGGCAGGAGGCGCUGGUGAGGGCGCGGGAGAGGCAGCGGGCCCAGAAGGCGCAGUCGAGGGAGCUGCCGCCGAGGCUGGAAAAGCCGCGGGAGAAGGAGCGCAAGAAGCAGGCCAAGCGGGAGCUCUCCAGCCUGUCCUUCACCCUGGCGGAGGAAGAGGAGGGAGGCGAAGAGGAGGCGGCGGCAGCCAUGUCUGCCGAGGAGCUGGAAAGGGAAGAGAUCGCCACGAAGAAGAGGAAACUGGGGAAGAACCCAGAUGUGGACACCAGCUUUCUGCCUGACCGGGACCGGGAGGAGGAGGAGAAUCGGCUCCGGGAAGAGCUGCGGCAGGAGUGGGAAGCCAAGCAGGAGCAAAUCAAGAGUGAGGCGAUCGAGGUCACCUUUAGCUUUUGGGAUGGCUCUGGGCACCGGCGGACGGUCAAGAUGAGGAAGGGCAGCACCGUGCAGCAGUUCCUGCAGAAGGCGCUGGAAACCCUUCGGAAAGACUUCGGCGAGCUCAGGUCCGCAGGGGUGGAACAGCUCAUGUACAUCAAGGAGGACGUAAUCAUCCCCCACCAUCACAGCUUCUACGACUUCAUCGUCACCAAGGCGCGGGGCAGGAGCGGGCCGCUCUUCAGCUUUGACGUUCACGAGGACGUGCGACUGCUCAGCGAUGCCACCGUGGAGAAGGACGAGUCGCACGCGGGCAAGGUGGUGCUCAGGAGCUGGUAUGAGAAGAACAAGCACGUCUUCCCGGCCAGCCGCUGGGAGCCCUACGACCCGGAGAAGAAGUGGGACAAGUAUACGAUCCGCUGAACCUCGGGAGGCGGUGCGACUGCAGCUCUCCGGCUCACCUGGCACUCCGGGGCGUCCCCGGGACUCCAGACACCCUCCGACCCGCCCCGCGCACCAGAAGGACAGUGGCUGCCAGACUCCUGCUCCUCGCACUGCUUUUUUCUUUCACAAUAAAGAAGCUGGAA